AGCCGGGGCCCGAGCCGGAGCGCAGCGCGAGCGCCCGCCGCACGCGCGCCCGUCCCCGUUCCUGUCCCCGUGCCCUGCGCCGCCACCGCCACCGCCGCCCCGGCUGGCGCGCUGACAUUACUGCAUUCGCGGGGUUCAAGGCGGCUCGGAGCCGGGCCUUUAUUUCUCGUCUGCAGCGCUCAGCACCGCGCCUCGAAAAGCCAAACACCAGAGCACCCUAGAAAGCUGAACUAAAAGAAUGCUCAUGUUUGACCCAGUCCCUGUCAAGCAAGAGGCCAUGGACCCCGUGUCGGUGUCCUACCCAUCCAGUUACAUGGAGUCAAUGAAGCCCAACAAGUACGGCGUCAUCUACUCCACCCCGUUGCCGGAUAAGUUCUUCCAGACCCCGGAGGGCCUGUCGCACGGGAUGCAAAUGGAGCCGGUGGACCUGACCGUGAACAAGCGCAGCUCGCCGCCCUCCGCGGGCAGUUCUCCUUCGUCGCUGAAGUUCCAGCCCUCGCACCGGAGAGCCUCGCCCGGCCUGAGCAUGCCUUCCUCCAGCCCGCCCAUGAAGAAGUACUCGCCGCCUCCCCCGGGCGUGCAGCCCUUCGGUGUGCCGCUGUCCAUGCCCCCGGUCAUGGCCGCCGCCCUGUCCCGCCACGGCAUCCGCAGCCCCGGGAUACUGCCCGUCAUCCAGCCCGUCGUGGUGCAGCCGGUCCCCUUCAUGUACACCAGCCACCUCCAGCAGCCGCUCAUGGUCUCCUUGUCGGAGGACAUGGAGAACUCAAACAGCAGCAUGCAAGUACCUGUAAUUGAAUCAUAUGAGAAGCCUAUAUUACAGAAAAAAAUUAAAAUAGAACCUGGGAUUGAACCACAGAGGACAGAUUAUUAUCCUGAAGAAAUGUCACCCCCUUUAAUGAACUCAGUGUCCCCCCCGCAAGCACUGUUGCAAGAGAAUCACCCGUCGGUCAUAGUGCAACCGGGAAAGAGACCGUUACCUGUGGAAUCUCCGGACACCCAGAGGAAGCGGAGGAUACACAGAUGUGACUACGACGGGUGCAACAAGGUGUACACUAAAAGCUCUCACUUGAAAGCGCACAGAAGAACACACACAGGAGAAAAACCCUACAAAUGUACAUGGGAAGGAUGCACAUGGAAGUUUGCUCGGUCUGAUGAACUAACAAGACAUUUCCGAAAACAUACUGGAAUCAAACCUUUCCAGUGUCCAGACUGUGACCGAAGCUUCUCCCGCUCUGACCACCUUGCCCUCCAUAGGAAACGCCACAUGCUAGUUUGAAUGGCUCCGUCCCCUGCCUCAGCGUGGCUCCCCACUCUCCUGGCUCUCUCUCUGUCCUCCUUCCCAUGAUCUAACUCAUUUUUUACAUGUACAUUUUAAUUUGGAUUCAGCUGGCCUGAAUCUUGGAAUUUAUAUCAUUCAAACUUCCAUAUGGUCAGUAGUAGAUGUUCUCUAAUCCUCUCCUUACCACGGGUCAGACCUAAAGAAUGUGAACACUUUUUUUUUUCUUUUUUUCUUUUUUUUUUUCCGGGGAUGCUAAGCAAACCCUUCUUACAGAUACGUUUAAUGUAAUGAGAACAAGGGAACAUGUAAACUUAAAAUAGCCAAUUGUCGAUUUCUCCAUGUAUUUCUCAAAAGAAUGUCAAAGUAAAUGUAUUAGAAAUACAGUAUCCAGCCUGCAAGUCCUUGCCAGGGGACCUUGAUACCUCUGUGCCCUGUGAUCGUAUUUUGUGCUUGCCAGCAAGAAGGAGGGCGGCCCCUCUCCCAGGUUAGCCAAACGUGCAGCCAGAUUUCAGAUAGGACUGUCCGUCCACCCUUCUUCCCUUCCGUUGCCCUUCACAAACCCUGCUUGUCAACUCAGAUUUACCACGUCCUCUAAAUUAAGUCCUUGACGCACUUCUGUGCCUGCAGCUAACAAGGUCUUUGCCACCCCCGGGGUUGAGCUGCAGUGCUGAGUUAGGCGGGUGAUCUCUGUCAGUGAGGGGCGCAGCCUCGCAGGGAGUCAGAACGAAGAAGGGGCGUGGCGCAGGGGAGAGGCAGCAGGGUGGGCGAGGGAGGAAGCCGGCCCCUUCCUCCGGGGCUCGGGCUCUCCCGCUGAGCUUUCAUCACUGGGUUAGCUGCACAGGGCAUCCCCAGAGCCUCAGUCUCUCUACUCGACUGUGCAGAAGCAUCCAGCAGAGCCGAAAAACUGAUGGAGUGAGUCCUCCUUAUCCCUGUCACCAUUCCUCCGAUGUCCUUAAUGUGGGUCAUCGAGCCUUGAUUGUUGGGACACCAUGAAAAUAUUUUGCCCAGUAAUGGUAGGGAGGGAAAAAAGUCUUUUGAGGAAGAAUAUGGAUGGCCUUUCUUUCACUCAACCUACUUGCAGCUUUUUUUUUUUCUUUGCAAACAGGAAAACGUUGAGUGUAUUUGUAUUCCCUAUCAAAUUAAUCAUAUAGCUUUUAUAUGGAAAGUCUGCUGUGUGGACCAUAGGGUGCCAAGUGGGCUGUCACUUGUGUUUGUGACGCAUACUGUAAGUCAGCGUCUGCUGAUCCUCUAGUGGACGCCUUCAUUUUAAGACCCGAGUGACCCGAUUUGUAAAUACAGCUGGUUGGGAAGCGCACAUACCUUCAGUCGGGGGACAGAUUUCUGAAAAAUACAGAAAAUCCCAGUUCAGGGAUUCAUAUCUUGAGAGCUCCAUAAUUCCCCAACAUUUACUAUUAAAGAGCUGGAAAUCGAUCACUCAAGUAUCCCCUUAGAAGAAGCUGAAAAUGACUCGUGUUUAUGUCAAAGAGAAGUAGCGCGCCAUUCUUUGGGGGGAAGUUUUAUGUUUUGU